UCUCUCAACACAACAAAUACCACACCUGGAGAAAAAAAAAUCAUCAUUCUGAAUCUCUCUCUUCAAUCUCUCUGCAUUUUAGGAAAAUAUUGCGUCUCCAUGGCGACUAGAAUGGCUGCUAGACACAUCUCGCGCAGGCUAUCAAGCAGUGGCAAAGUCCUCAGUGAGGAGGAGAAGGCUGCCGAAAAUAUCUACAUUAAGAAAAUGGAACAAGAGAAGCUGGAGAAGCUUGCUCAGAAGGGCCCAGCAUCCGGGACCGUAGCUGAUGCUAAACCUAGCAGCGGCAGCGGCACCUCUGAAACUCCUAAUGUUUCAACUGACAAGCACAGAAACUACGGUGUUGUUGUUGGCAUCGGUACCGCUUUGGCUGCCUUUGGAUGGUACAUGGGUUCAAAGAAGAAACGAGUUGAAGUACAGGACUGAGAAGAUAUCAGGAGAGUGAAAGCCAUAUGUUGGCGAAAUAAUAUCAGAACUAACUCCAUUGCAUUUGGUUUAUAAUCAUAAGUAACUCCGAAAUAUGAGAAUUCGGCUCUUCUGCUGCCUGCUUGCAACACUUUGGUUUUAGCUUGAGAUGGCUUUAUUUUGCUCAUUCCAAGCUAAAAUUUAUAUGCACAUACUGUUUUCAAAUUUAGCAAAA